AUGGUCCCGUCGCUCUCCCACGCUACAGACUCCCUCACACCGGAUGCCGCCAUUCUGGCCAUCAUUCAUUUAGACAACAUUCACCCUUACAUUCGCGGCGCCAGUUUGCCAUCAUUGUCAUUCCAGUCGAAUUUAUUUCCCCCAAGCGCGCUCCAAGCCUUUGUCAUUGAGCUGAAAGCCAGCAACUUGAAGAACAGGCCGACGCUAUUUAAGAGGGCAGCCUGCCCCCUGAAAACUUCAGCCUCAUCUCCUCGCCUCCCCAGACCCUCCGUUUGUUUCCUUCGCGCCACCUUAAACCAUGUCUACCUGGGAUCCCGGUGCGCCGCCGACCUUCUCUUCACUUGUGUACUGCCAACUUACACUUGUUUAGUUUUGACAGCUCUGAAGGCCAAGGUUCCGGCUGCCGCCGACUCUACCACUGCUGCUAGCUUGGACGAGCGUGUUGCUGCCGCCCAGAGAGAAUGGGAUGCGAGUAUUGAGGCACUUUUGAUCUACGGCGACGGGUCGGUCCUUCAUGCUUCGCUCGGCGGCAUCCUUGGCGAGGGGCCAUCAACCGCCGUGGCGAGCGGCGCAUUCAAGGGCAUCAUGACGCAGGACCCCAACGGAACAUAUACGCUCGUGGUCACCGCAACGACUGCGGAUUUAUACGCCAAAACUGGUGCCUCGAUCUAUAGCGGUACAGGAAGCGCUCCCCCCACCGUUGCGAGGAAGCUGGAAAGUCACUUUCUAGGUCGCAGUUAA